UUUUUUUUUUUUUUCUAAUGGUAUUUUUGCUGACAUACUUUUAUUUUCCCCACAAUGUCAACAUUACCAAAAGAUGAAUCUUUUCAAUUAGACUUUCCGUAUGGUGCACAACCUGAUAUAAUUCGAGCUAAUCAGAAAGAUGUAUAUUAUCAAACUAUUUUGCAAGAACAAAUGACGAGAGUUGCUCAACAGUUUUUUGGCGCUCGACGACAACAUUUUUGGCAAAAGGAAAUUAAUACAAUAGCUAAUGUUUGUUAUUAUGGAUUAACAACACUUCUUGGAACACAAACCUUGGGUGAAGAAUAUUGCGAUCUCGUUCAAAUUGAUAAUCAUCAUAAAACCUAUCCUAAUUUUAUGCGUCGAUUUAUUUUAGUGUUUAUUCAAGCUUUGUUACCUUAUAUUUAUACUCAAAGUGCAUCUAAAUUGAAAAAGAUAAAUCAAACAAAUGAUAUUGAAAAUUUGGAAAAGGGAAUAAAUUUAAAGAUGAAAAUAAUUCAAUUUCUUAAAUCUCAUUUAAAUCAAAUUCAAAACUUCUUUGUCAAACAUAUUCGACCUAUUCAUUUAGCUACUUUUUAUUUUUUUGGAGCCUAUUAUAGUUUUUCAAAACGGUUAACCGGUAUUCGCUAUAUUUUUACUAGACAAUUAGGACCGCACGAACAACGUGUAGGUUAUGAGGUAUUAGGUGUCUUGAUUGUACUUCAACUAAUGAUUCAAGCAGGAAUAAAUAUUCAUAAACGUAUUCAAAUAACACAAGAAGAAGAAAAGCAAGAUAUAGCAGCAGAAGAUGAUUUUGAUUUCAUAAAUGAGCUUGAAGAAGAGAAGUCUUUAAGUUAUGAACAAAUGCAAACAUUAAAAUGUGCUCUUUGUCUUGAGCAGCGCACUACUACCACAACCACUCCUUGUGGGCAUUUAUUUUGUUGGAAUUGUAUUAUUGAAUGGUGUCAAAAUAAGCCAGAAUGCCCACUUUGCCGUAGUCAAGUUAAUAUUUCUCAUUUAAUACCAUUAAAUAAUUUUUAAAAUAAAAAAAAUCAUUUUUCCGGAAUGUA